AGGGAAACAGUGGAAGAGUUCAAGGGUAGGCUAUAUUUUGUGACUUUUCAAGUCUAAGGAAUUUGCGACAAUAUAGGUCGCACAAAAACAUGUCUGUAGUCAAAACACACGUUGCCUCAGAAAUCACUGAAAUAAAACGAACUGCCUGCUUUAAAAGAAGGCUCUUGAGUCAGUUGUAUCACCAAACAUUAGAGUAGUACAGGAAAUAUAUAUUCACAUCUAUAACCUGAAUAUCUGUUCAGAUUCAUUCCAAAAUAUGGUCUGUGGCGACGGCAUAGGAUGAUAUUAUAUCCGUCCAUAUCAGUCGAAUACAUUAUUAGAGGGGGAAGAUGAAGCGAUCAGCUCACUGGGCGUGAAGACCUGGGUGUGAAUACCAGUGAGCUGAAUAGUGACUUUUUUAGUCGCGCACUGGAAAGACGAAAACCUGCUGCCAAACGACAGACUGGUUUAAUUUAUGCAAAAUAGCCAUGAAGAUGAGUUACUAUAUAAUAUAAAUAUUUUCUCAAAUUUUGAGCCCAGGGCUGAAGAAUGUCUAAAAUUACGGAUUUCUGCGUGAUAUUAUCGCAAACGGGACACUUUUUUUCUCUCUUUAGGUAAGAAAGCAUGUGUAGUUUUAUCCUCCGCUUAAACACCCGUAUCUAGUAUGCUUUUUCUAAACCGAUUUUAUGUUAAAGUACAAUUAAAUGGGUUGUCGGUUAAAAGCACUGACGUAUGUAUAAAAAUCUCAUUUUUCCUACUUCUGUGGGACACAGGUUUUGAAACACGUCUCUCAUCCUUUUCCUGUGGCAUGCUGAAUGCCGGUGCGUUCAUACUGGAGUAUUGAUCAUACAGAAAUAGCAUUUAUUGCCUCGAAGAAGGAUAAGAUAAAUGUCAAUGACAAUUUCGGCAGUAUGUCAUAGAUUUCGACAAAGGGUCAUUUUUACGUUCUGAAGACCAAGAAGAAUACUGCUUUAAAACUGAGACAUGUUUUUUUAAAGAUCAUCAGAAUGAAUGUGGACGCACAUUUUCACAGUGGUUACGGCUCUGACAAUAGUAUAUUGCAUCUGAGGACAACUGCAUGAAACAAUCUACCGUCAAAGGAAUCUUGAUUUAACCGUUUUCUAAUUUCCUCGAUCAUUUAGGCGUACGAACACUUACGAAAGAACUGAAUCCCUAACAUUCAUCAUUUUGUUUCAUGCUUUAAAAAUUACACGGGGAUGACGGUCAGACAAACAGCAAUUGGAUUCUCUGGAAUUAAUAGCUCCCAGCUUAGUGACUAUUGUUAGCACCUGUUGUGUCCGGUCUCAGUGCCCCUUCUCCCCAUCGCUGGACAUCCUGACCAGUCCUCCACCAUGGAGAGCCUGAGCGAGCUACAGAACCCGCUCUUGGACAAGAACAGCAAGCACGUGGUCAAGGGCGACUACGGCUACAAAGGUGACUUCCCCAACAACCAGUACCAGGAGAACAUAAUCAACUACUUUGUGACGGGCGGUGGGGGCAAGGCCAAAGCCCAUCAGCUGCUGGAUGCUACCUCACUGCACCUGGCUGUGGAGGCCUUCUACAAACCCAACUUCAUCCUCUAUAAGGACGACGUCAGCGUCAAAGGCAAGGAUUAUAAAAGCGAGUGUUGCGAGACCACCUUCACGGAGAACAAGGAGGCAACAUCCGAGUGCACGCCCACCGAAGACCCCCAAGCCAAGCUACUGGGGGAGAAUGACGUGAAGAUCCAGACUGUGUCCUACGAGGUGGAGGAGGAGGAGUACCAUGAAUAUGAGAGUGACUGUUCCAGUGACAGUGAGAGCGAGGACAACUUCAUCAUGGUCCCACCGCGAGACCACCUGGGCCUGGCUAUCUUCUCCAUGCUCUGCUGUUUCUGGCCCCUGGGCAUCGCCGCCUUCUACUUCUCUCAGGGGACGAGCAAAGCCAUCGCCAAGGGAGACUUCCCGCAAGCAAGCACCGCGUCCCGUAGGGCUCUGUUCCUGGCCGCCCUGUCCAUAACGAUCGGAACAGGAGUGUACGUGGGUGUGGUGGUGGCCCUCAUUGCCUACUUGUCCAAAUCUGGACACGUAUAG